GUGAAAAUGCACGCGUUUCAUUUCGCGCCAUAGGCAAAUCAGGAUUCGCUGGUAAAAUAAAAACGUAACGAAAGUGGCACUCGAUACAAUUGAUUUUGUUAGAUUUCUACAGUCAAGAAUAACAAUAAAUAAAAGACGGGUAACGUAGUUAAUCGAUAACACAUUGAAAACAUGUGAUCAAUCUUACACGUCUAAAAAUCGUAAGCCGUAUACCUGCACGAAGGUGGUAUUCGUUGCUGGUGUUCGAGGUUAUGAGAAAUGCCGCUAUUAUUUCUUCAACAUUCUAUUCUUCCCCUACAACAUUAUCUGAUUGUAAGGGAACACUUAUCACGUUCGUAAAUCCAAUCAACACUAGUACCUUUCAAUUAUCUUUGUGAAAAGAGCAUACAUUUGCAUAGACUUCCGUGGCCAAGUAAUUAUUUAAGUGGUGAAACAGACUUUGAAAUGUCUCAAGAUAAAAUAGUCUGUUUAGAUAUCUUGCUGGAAUUUCUGGAAGUGGCAUUUAAUCAUAUAUUGUACUUUAGAAAUUUAUAUCCAAAGGAAAUCUUUACAAAGAGGAAGAUCUACAGUGCAGUAGUAUAUGUUUCUAUACAUCCUGAGCUUAAUGAAUACUUGAAAAAUGUUCUCAAUGCUAUCAGGGAACUACUCAAAGAAGAUGAAAACAAUGUGAAGGCUGUAAAUCUUAUUAUUUACAACAUAAACAAGCAACCAAUUGAGAAAUUCACUUUUGAUCUUGUUAAGCUACAAAUAAAUCAUACAGAAAAGGAUCCGUAUUAUUUAAAAACAGAGGAAGAUCUCAGAACAAUUUGUUUAAAAUUGUCCAUGUGUGAGGCUUAUCUGAAACCAUUGCCAGAGGACUCUACUUUUUCCAUUGAGAUUCAAACGUAUGAAGCAGCCCAUGUUGGUCUCAGCGAAAACCCAAACUGUGAAGACUUUCCAUGGAUCAUCAAUGAGGAUAUGCCCGAGAUGACUGAUACAAAUUUAUUGCCACUGAAAACCAUUAAAACAGACUGUAUGAAUUUGCAAAUGUAUGUGACCGAAAGUGAAAAGAAUAAAGGCACAAACUAAUCAUAAUUAUAGUGCAUGGAGAAAUUUUAUAUAAA